CUUUAUCCUUCACCAUGUCUUCUCAACUCUUCCGUACUUCACUUCGUGCUCUUGUUCGUCCUAGCUUAGCAAAGAACGUCGUAGCUGUGUCUAGAAUCACUCCUCGCGUCAUGCCUGCAUUUCAGGUCGCUCGUCCUUUUUCUUCCACCUUUGCUCGCAUGAGCACUGGAUCUGUUGAUUCUGAUCUCGUUCAUAAGCUCGAUGAAGAACUUCAAUAUGAAAAGUCUAACGAAGAAUCCGAACCAGAAUUUAUCAAGGAGUUCUUGGAAGCUAACUCUUUCAAGUUGGAAGAUAAGCCUGGCGUUGAUGAAGUAUCAUUGACCCGUACUUUUGGAAAUGAAAAGAUUCGCGUAUUGUUCUCUAUCUCUGAUAUCAAUAAUACACCUUCCGAGGGUUUCCUUCCUGAAGAUGACAUGAUUGAGCCUGGAAAUGAAGAAGACGAGGAAAUUGUGUCCUUCCCUGUGCGUGCAUCAGUGACUAUUGAAAAGGAUGGACAAGGUGCUGUUACGAUCGAUACAGUUGCUCAAGAUGGAGAGAUUGUUAUUGAAAGUGUCAUGUAUUAUAAGGAUAACAAAUUGGCUAAUGAACAAUCUGCUGAAGCAGACUGGCAAAGACGUGGACUUUACAUUGGUCCUCAGUUCUCCGAAUUAGAUGAGAACCUUCAACAACUCUAUGAGCGUUAUCUUGAAGAACGUGGUAUCAACUCUGCAUUAGCAAACUUCUUGCCUGAUUAUAUUGAAUACAAGGAACAAAAGGAAUAUAUUCAAUGGCUCGAUAACAUGAAAAAGUUUGUUGCUGCUUAAGUUAUGAAAUAAAUACAUCUUUACAAGUUUUUUUUAAGCUAAAUUGAG